AUGGCCAAAUCCGACAGAGCUCCGGCCAACGAGUUUGUCCGGAUCGCCCGUAGGGUGUACGACCCCUUGGGCUUCUCCAAGGGGUGCAACUUCAUCCUUUGGUUCAUCUUCACCGGUACUCUGAUGGGCUUCAUCCUGGCGAAGUUCUCCUACCUCGGCUACUCCCGCUUCCUCUGCAGCGAGAAGGGCACCGCCCCCGGCGAGUGCUACAACUACCGCAAGUACCCCCACGAGAAGGCCGGGAUCAUCCUUCACCUCGCCGGAAUCCUCCCGGGCGGCUUCCUCGCCUGCUUCCAGUUCGUGCCCGUCCUUAGGCACAAGGCCAUUCUCUUCCAUCGGAUCAAUGGUUAUAUCGUCGUACUGCUCUCGAUGAUUGCCACUGUCGGCGCGCUCUUGGUCGCUAGGCAUGCCUUUGGUGGUGGCGUGGAGACACAAACGGUUGUUGGCUUCCUGGCUAUUAUGUUUCUUGGUGCCAUGACCAUGGCGUACAUCAAGAUUAAGCGCUUGCAGAUUGAGCAGCAUCGGGCGUGGAUGCUGAGAGCCUGGUUCUAUGCGUCGGCAGUAAUCACCCUCCGCAUCAUCGAGAUCAUCAGCACCACAAUCAUAAGCACCAUGUCAGGCUACUACUCCGCCCGGCCGUGCGCCCAGAUCUUCGACACCCUCGAGGGGAACCAGACCACGACCCUGCAGCACUACCCGGAAUGCGCGGCCUUCUUCUCCGGCGCGGACCCGGACAGGCACGCGGCCGUCAAGGCGCAGCUGGGCGGCGACGGCGGCAGCGCCAUCGGGGCCGCCGCUGCCCUGGGCAUGACCUUUGGCGCGUCGGCGUGGUUGGCGAUGGCGCUGCACGCCAUUGGCGUUGAAAUAUACCUCCGACUCACCCCUGCCGAACACGAGCGUCUGCGGAACGUCUCGUACCAGCGCCGGCUCGAGGCUGGGAUGGAGAACCCUGGCCAGGCUGGGCUUACUGUCGACUGA